CGGGUCAAGACAGAAAAAAAGCUAGUGAGAAGUGGCAACUCAAUCUGUCAGUGCGCGCCCCGACAAUAUACAAACCGCCACAGCUUGACUUCAUGUAUUUUUAGUGGCUAAACACUGCCGUGCCCCAUCCAAAGUAUUUCAUGAGGUAUCUGAUGGCAAGUAAUGGGAGUGUUGAUGGAGUCCAUCAAGAGCAGUGGAGGCGGGGACAUCCUGCUGGAGCAAGAGGUGGUGAUGCAGGUGGUGGAGGCUGGGACUGCAGUGGCCUCGGCUACCCAGCGCUCCCUCAAGCUACUGGUGGAGCUGCGUCUUAAACCUUCCACUCCAGCAAAGGAGCUUCUUGUGCGGCUGACAGAUGAGCAGGACCCUUUUGUACUGCUAUCAUGUUUAGUGCGGGAGGAGGACUACCACACCUUGAGACAGCGACAGGGCCUGCUUGUUGACUUUAGUGCUUUUCCUCACAAGUUUGUUGAGUUAGUGAGCUCAUGCAUUCAGGAAUCAAGCAAGGAGUCUCCCAGGUUUUUGCUUGUACUGCGCUACUCUGAGGAUGGAGGUGGUGGAGCAACUCUUGAGGUGACAGAGGUGAACAUUUUCAAGCACCUGUGUCAUCUGGCCCUGACACUUACACCAGCAUCUACGCAACUCAAACUGACCUACCUAGCAGAUUGUUGUAAAGUCUUGAAGGCUAAGGUGACAGCAAAAGAAAGAGAAGCGGCAGAAAAUGAACAUCAGCUCCGGCAGGAAGUGCGACAAGCCCAUGAACUCCUGAGUAAGUCGUCAAGGGAGUUGGAGCAGGUGCGUGCUGAGCUGAGUCACCAGGCAGCAGUGUCGUCAGAGAAGCAGGCACAGCUGAUCAACCAGGAGAAGGACAGGAUGCUGAGAAUGCAGAGUGAUGCAGACAGGAAGGCGGAUCGUGAACGGAGAGAGCUGGAGGGUAGACUGAACCAGCACAUUGAACACCUGCAGGCCAAGGUCUCCUCACUCACCUCACAAAACAGUGACCUUUCUGAGAAAAAGCACCGUUCAGAAAGCAGUGCAAGGGAACUACGAGCAAGAUUACAGAGUGCUGAAGGGGACCUGGAGAGAUGUCGCCUAGAGCUUUCCCACAUCAAGAAACAAAAUACUCGCAUUGACCAGGAUAAUCACUCCAAAAGUAAUAAAAUUCGGGAGUUGGAGUCUCGGGCGUCGCAUGUCGAGGGGGAGCUGAGGAGCCGAGAGACAAGCCUGGCCCACACACAGCAGAUGAUGGAGACAAUACAGCAGCAGAAGGCUGCCCUUGAAGUAACUCUUGAGGAACGCCGCCAAAAAUUACUGAAGCGAGAAAAUUCCAUCCAACUUAUUUACACUGAGCUGCAGAAGAGUCUGGAGAUUAUCAAGAAAUUGCAGAAGAGAGUCAAGGAGGAACACAUGGCAAGCAAAGUCCGAGGAACAGCACUGAUGGAACAGGAGAAGGUACUGGCAGAGAAGGAUUCAAGGUUAUCCCAAAUGAGUGAGCAGCUACAGGCAGCGACUGCCAAGCUCUCUGAACUCACAGUAGAAAGAGAUGAGCUCCAGAGGAGGCUGCAAGACUCCACUGAAAAGUUACAAGAACAGGAAAAAACUCUUCAAACUAAUGAAAAUGUGAUCUCAUGGCUAAACAAACAACUCAACGAGAUGGAGACAGCAGGAGUCGUCACCAAGCGGGCACCCCUCACUGAAGCUUACCUCUCCUCCCACCGGCCAACCACCAGCAAUAUCAAGUCUCUGGGAUCACAGUUAGCAUCAGGAGCUCAGCCAAGCCUCCUGUUCCACUCCACACCAUUGUCCAUGACGCCUCUUGCUCAGGUCAUGGGUGCCGGGGGCUCGGCAGGCUCCACCCACACAACACUGAGCUCCAUCCGUCACUUGGGCACCAUUCCCCCAAUACCUGAGGAGAUCAGUCCUCGGGCCUCACAGGACUUGCUGCUAGGCACUGACAAGAUGCCAACUACUGAUAAAGAAAACAGUGGGAGUUUGGAUCCCAAGUACUUGGAGCCAACAAAACCUGCAAGUAUUGGAGUUCGUGGUUUGCUGAGAGCUAGUGCUUGUAAACCCUCCACUGUGGAAUCAGAUUCAAAAGCACCAAGCAAUAAUGUUCUGCCUAGAAGAGCUGGAGUGUCUGGGGUGAGGAGAGGAGGAGCCACUGGAGACAUAAGAGGGAAGGGUAGGGGCUCAGGCAGCACUGGACCAAACACACAGCCUUCCAGCUACUUCCCUCGCACUUAACUACUUACCCACUUUGUCUUUCAUGUACUUAGUGAUAUAGGAAUAAAUGUACAUAGUGGUGAUGCAUAUAAAAGAAAGCUUUCCCUCCAAUAUUAAAGAGAGAAAAGGGUGUGAGGAGAAUGAGAGGCCCAGAGUUUGGAAGAGCAGGAUAGGUACUUGUCACAGCUGAUGGAUUUAUCAUGUGGAUGUGUUCUUCAUGUUGCUUUAUCUUAAUAUGCUAUUGCUGAUCUAUUGUAAAUAUAUUUUUACUAUUUUUAUGGUAUAUAAUGAAUUUUAAUAUAUUAUGAUUAUUUUCAGAUGUGCUAUAUUUUACAUCCUUAGAAAAUGGAGAGAGUAUUUGAUAUAGUCAAGUAUAACAUUCAUAGGCAAAAAGAGUGUCAGAAAUAAUAAUAAAAAAUGAAAAAAUAAACAGCCCACAA